AGUUUUUAGCAGGGCCUGUUGUGGCAGUACAAAGGGUGAUGGUUGAUAAACUACAAGAGGGAAAUUCAGACCGGACAGAAGGAAAAGGCUGUGUUUUUCACACUGAGGAGCUGGAAGCGUUUCAGGCCAGGCUGAAGCGGGCUGUGAGCAUCCUGCUGCAGCUGCAGAUGGCGCUGCCCACUGCAGGCGGCCGGACGGGAAGACCUGUCAAAGUCCUUUACAACCCCAACCACUCCACGGUGCUGCGACUCUCAGCGCCGGCAGCUCUGCAGCAGGCGGAGGCAGGCAGCAGCGCUGCUAAGCGCCAAGUACCACCCCCGGGGACAACUCACGCAUUUUCCCGGUGGAGGCAGGCGUCACUCGAGUCACUUCGCAUCUCCGCAGUGCCCUCGGCUGAGCCCGGGCCGCUUCCUCCCUCCGCUUCCGAGCAGGCGCGGCGGCAGGGCGCAUCGGGUCGAACCGAGCCGGGCUCUCACAGGGCAGGCGGCAGGACAGGGGACAGCGGCCCGCGGCCAGGGAGCACCAAGGUACUUGGUUUUAAUUACCAAGCCCCAAACGCUGCCAACAUGUCACUGGAAGAUAUCCACAUGAACACCCAGGAUUUGCUUGAAAGAAAACAACUUGAUGCUGGAGGAUUUGGCACAAUUUCUUUGUGCUUCCACAAGAAACAUGGAUAUGUGGUGUUAAAAACAGUGUACACAGGACCCAAGCGCACUGAAUACAACGAUUCCCUCCUGGAAGAAGGCAAGAUUAUGCACAAACUGCAGCACGAUCGUGUGGUCAAGCUACUAGGUAUUAUUUUGGAAGAUGGAAACUACUCACUUGUGAUGGAGUAUGUGGACCGGGGGAACAUGAUGAAAGUGCUACAGAAACUCUGCCUGCCUUUGUCGGUGAAGGGGCGUUUUGUGCUGGAGAUCACGGAAGGAAUGCUUUAUCUGCAUGAGCAAGGCUUUGUACACAGAGACCUGAAACCAGAAAACAUUCUUGUGGACACAGACUUCCACAUUAAGAUUGCAGAUCUUGGAGUUGCCUCCUUCAAGAAUUGGAGCCGUCUGACUCAAGAAGAGACUGUCAGACAGAAGCAGAUCAGGAGCAUGUGCCAGAACAAUGCUGGGACUCUUUUCUAUAUGGCCCCUGAGCAUUUACGUUGUCUUAAUGUAAAACCUGUGGAGAAGUCAGAUGUUUACAGCUUUGGCAUAGUGAUCUGGGCAAUUUUUGCUAACAAGGAACCAUAUGAAUAUGGUAUAAACGAAGCCCAGAUUUGCUUUGGUAUCAUGAAUGGUAACAGACCAGACAUAAAGGAGAUCACUGAUAAAUGUCCAGAGGAAAUUAUUGACUUAAUGAAGCAAUGCUGGGAGCAGGAGCCAGAGAAGCGGCCAACUUUUGCAGAAAUCAGUGAAAGAUACAAGCCAUUUUACUAUCAAAAUAUAGGACAAAAUAUUGAAGAAGAUCUGAAGGAGUUAAAAAAAAUGUGGCCUGAGACAAAUGAAAUGCUGGGUAGGAUGGAGUCCCUUCAGCUAGAUGCUGUGGCAGAGCAUGUCAGUAAUGGUCAAGUAGAUCAACCCAAUUCUCUGCACAGCUCUGCAGGUCCCACAGCCAGUCAGGUUAAUGAUGCCCUGCUGCCUGCCUCCCUUGAAAACCAGCCUGUGGAGAGCUGCGAGACCUCCUUCCUCCCUGCCGACAACCUAGAACAAAAGCUGCAGCGUGAACUGAACUACCACGCGUCUGGGAGCUGGAUGGAUAAAGCAGCCCUGCCCGUCAUGUACACCCCUGAAAUGCAAGAGAUAGAAAGGAGGAGAAGGGUUUCCCACGAUCCCUUUGCAAAGUCAUCUCCAGCUCCUCAGUGGAGUGAACUGUAUCCCCGAGCUGAAAAAGCAGGGUCAAACACUAACCUGUGUUUUCUUGCGCUGCCAGACACAAAACCAAAGCGAGGAAAUGUGGAUCUUCUCUAUAGCUUAAACCCCAACAGUCUGCUAACAGGAAACACUGAGAGCCUCUAUGGAUUGGCUUCAGCCAGCACCUUCAGCCUAACUAAACCUCCUGUGCCUGAAUCUGCCCCAAACCAGCCGGCACAGACCAGUGCAAACAGAUAUCCAAAGAAUGCAGAUGCAGAUACAGGUAACAAGGAAUCUCUGUCUUUCUCAAGGGGUACUUUUUCAUGUUAUUCUGCUGCACCAAGGGUAAACACAGAAGACUCAAUCAAGUACAACAUAAGCAACAGUUCUGGAAUUCAGAUCGGAUCCUACAAUCACAUGAAGUUUGAAGAUCCGAACCAACACAUCAGCACUUCUCCUGUUGCCACGGAAGUACCGUACAUGCAUUAUGAAGCACUGGGUGUAUUUGACAAUAGCACUGUCCUGACCGAGAAGCAUCUCAAUCUGGUGAGGGAGAAUCUGGCUAAGCAGUGGAAGCACUGUGCCCGCAAACUGGGCUUCUGUGAUCCCGAGAUCGAUGAAAUCGACCACGACUAUGAGCGAGAUGGACUGAAAGAGAAAGUGUACCAAAUGCUACUCAAGUGGGUGAUGCGGGAGGGCUCCAAAGGCGCCACGGUUGGGAAGCUUGCCAAAGCCCUCUUUGGCUGCCAGAGACUGGAUCUCCUCUCGAGUCUGAUGCAAAUCAACGAGGAGUAAGUUGACUUCUGAGAAGUGAGGUGAAGUGAAAGCAUUUUCCCUGAGGAUCUUACAGAAUCAAGUAAUAAUUUUGAACAGAUUUUCUGGAGCUCUCCCUUUUGCACAGACCUUUUGGAAUGCAUUUGUUUUUUUUUUUUUUUGCCAAGUGGUUUUCAGUAAGUACCUCCAGUAAAGUAAGAAGACUGUAUUUAAAGAGUUGUUCUUGCAGAGGAGCACAGCAUCUCAGUAUAGUAGGGGUUGGAAGGUACCUCUGGAGACCAUCUACUCCAAUGCCCUACUAAAGCAGGGUCACCCAGAGCAGGUUGCCCAGGAUUGCAAUGUCUACACAGGUUUGGAGUGUUUCCAGAGAAGGAGACUCCACAACCUCUCCAGGCAGCCUCCUCGAGGGCUCUGGCACCCUUACAGCAAAGAAAUAUUUCAUCAUGUUCAGAUGGAAUCUUCUGGUUUCGAUUAGCACCACUUGCCCCUUAUCCUCUCACUGGGCAUCACUGAAAAUAGUUUGGCCCCAUCCUCUUGGAUGGCCCCACCCUUUAGCUAUUGACCAUUAUUGAGAACAUUACUUCUCAGCUUUUUUUUCCAGGCUAAACAGCCCCAGGUCUCUUAGCCUUUCCUCAUCAGAGAGAUGCUCCAGUUGCCUCAGCAACUCUCCAGUCUCUCUCCAGUACAUCCCAUUCUCUCUUGAAAUGGGGAGCCCAGACAAGUACUCCAGAUGUGGCCUCACUAGAGUAGAGCAGAGAGGAAGAGAACCUCCCUCAACCUGCUCUCCACAUUUUUCUGAGUGCACUCCAGGAAACCAUUAGCCUUGGCCACAAGGGCACAUUGCUGACACAAAUUAUGAAAGAUUAAAGGAAAUAAGCAUCUUCCUUCUGAAUAAAAGAGUUGUACAAAGAGAAUAACAACAAAACAGCACACAGUAUUGACUCAAGGACAAUGUGUUCUAUAGCACUUCUGGUUUCUGCCUUGAGUUAUGUUGGUCCCUUCUUCAGUUCUGAACAGAAAUGUGUCAUCUCAUCACAGCUAAUAUAGCACUGAAAGACUGAUCCACUGCUUGAGAAACCUGGACAGAGAGCAAAAUCAACUCUUAAGUCUUGCCAUUGGUACAAAUACUUCCAUGAUCUGGGUAUGGUCCCAGAUUGCUCCAGGUUAAUAUUAUUUUUUAACUCUUUUUGUAAUGUUUACUAAAUACAGCUGCCUGGAAUUGUGCAGAAAAGUGAUGUCAAUAAAAGCACAACAACAUUUUUUGGCUUAAAAA